AUGCUCAUAAUCGGCCUAACAGGCUCAAUCGCCACCGGCAAAUCCACCGUCUCCAACUUCCUCUCCUCACCCCCCUACUCCAUCCCCAUAGUAGACACGGACCUACUCGCCCGCCAAGUCGUCGAACCAGGAACACCCGGCUACAAAGCAAUCGUCAACUACUUCGGCCCCAGCACACCCGACCUCCUCCUCCCACCAUCGCCAGAUGAUCCGACGGGCUCCAAACGACCCCUGAACCGGCCGGCGCUUGGCCGGCGCGUCUUCGGCACAACGGAGGAGCGUAAGCGCGAUCGCAUGAUCCUCAAUAAGAUCGUCCACCCGGCUGUCCGGUGGGAAGUCUACAAAUCUCUUCUUUACUAUUAUAUCCGGGGCCACUGGGCUGUGGUACUUGAUGUCCCGCUUUUGUUCGAGAGUGGGAUGGAUUUCAUCUGCGGGACGGUGAUUGUUGUCGGGGUGAGGGAUCCGGAGGUGCAGAUGGCGAGACUGCGUGCGCGGGACCCGCAUCUGAGUGCGGAGGAUGCGGAGAAUCGGGUGAAGAGUCAGGGUGAUGUGAAGGGGAAAGUGGAGAAGGCUGAGUUCCGGGGUACGCAGUCUGCGCGGGGUGUGAUUGUUUGGAAUGAUGGGGAUAAGAGCGAUUUGGAGAGGGAGGUGAGGAAGGCUGUUGGUACUAUUUCGGGGACGAGUCCGAGGUGGUGGGCUUGGUGUUUGCUUUUGGCGCCGCCGUUGGGGGUGGGUGCUGCUGUUUGGAAUAUGGCGGUUAAUUUUGUGACGCAGAAGAACUGGGAGAAGAGGGCUACGGAGGAGAAGGCGAAAUUGUAG